AUUCCUCCUCCCCAAAUUAUGAAUCACAAAAUGCGAAGCUUUUAAUCGCAACUGUCUUUUUAAAACGACAGUUAUCCGCAUGCGCAGUGUGAAUUUGCACCGUCUAAGGACUCCAUUUCCCAGCAUGCUUUGCGGCAGAGGCGGUCGCGUGCCUGUGGUGCUGAAACUGCUCGUGCUUCCUUCAGUUGUUGCUACGACACAUCCCCGGGAGCAUCCCUGCGCUCGCUCGCAACCGAACCAGCUUUGUUCGGCCAAUUUCUACAAUGUCACCGCCGCUCGCCGUCGCUUUUACUUCUAAAUAACCUUUUGACAUUAGUCCAACUUCUGCAAGGCGGUUCAUUUUCUCGAGGCACGACGUAGACGAGAAGUAUCCGAACCGCAUCCUUUAUGCACAGCACGCUGCUCCAGUCCUCCGAGCACCAUGGUCCGCUCCAGCCCCGCUCACUAGGCAGCAUGGAAGCCAAGCAACACCCGAUAAAGAGCCUUAAAAGCUACCCGGAGACCGGCGGCCGGAGUCUGGCAGCUGCUGCCGGUGGCGGAGGAGGCGGCGGCGGCGGAGGAGGAGCAGGAGACGGAGGAGGGGGCGGCGGGUGUCGUGUCGGCGUCUCAGCCGAAACUGAGAUGGAGACGAAGAUCCAGAAAGCUGUCGACUUCAAGGCGGAGGGCCACCGCUGCUACAAGGAGAAGAAAUUCCGCGAGGCCAUCGGCAAGUACCACCGAGCGCUCCUGCAGCUCAAAGGGGUGCACGUCGCCGACGGGACGACCGGCGGUUCCGAGGUCAACCUGCUGACUCAACAAGCCGCCGCCAAGCUCACAGAGGAGCAGCGGAGAGCUGUGGAGAGCACCGAGAUCGAGUGCUACGACAGCCUUACAGCAUGUUUGUUGCAGUCUGAGCUGGUUAACUACGAGCGAGUGAAGGAGUACUGUCUGAAGGUACUGAGCCACCAGAGGGACCACUUUAAGGCCAUGUACCGCGCCGGCAUUGCCUUCUACCACCUGGGGGACUACGAACGUGCCCUGCGUUACCUGCGGGAUGCCAAGAAUCGCGAGCCUGCAGAUACCAACGUGCUGCGCUACAUCCAGCUGACAGAGAUGAAGAUAAGCAAGAGCGGCCAGCGGGAACGGGAGCUCGGCAAAGAGACGCACGGCUGAUCUGACCCCCUCCCUCUUUGGAAUCCUGCACCGACCCCCCCCCCCCCCCCCUCUCCAUAUUCGCCAUACUCUCAUGGACAGCAGUUG